AUGAAUGCUAAUAAGAGCAGUAACAGAAAUAAUACCACGGAUGACGUUAUACCACCAAAUCAAUUUCUUGAUGAAAUUGAUGCACCGGUAUUUGUAUUUGUAUGUAUUUCUGAUAAUAAGCAAUAUGGCCCGCAUCAUAACGAUUUGGCCCGCGUUACUAAAUCUUGGCCGGCAUUAUGUUUCAAAAAGUUGUUGCUUAAUUUUGGAGGAAUACAAGAAAAAGUUGGAGAGCGAGAAUCAGAAACCAAAGCCAAUAUUAAUAAUUUGGAAGAAAAGGUUAGAGAACGAGAAGAAACCAAAGGAAUUAUUAAAAAUUUAGAAGAAAAGGUUAAAGAAGAGACCAAAGCCAAGCAAGUAAUUAUUAAUAAUUUAGAAGAAAAGAUUAGAGUACGAGAAGAAUCUAAUAAUUAUCCUACAUAA